GUCAGAGGUCAAAUUUAAAAGGUUUGAUUGGUUCAUUUUAGCGGUUCAAAAUGAAAAUUUGGAACCGAAAUUUGUAAAUUUUGAAACAUUGUCGAGAAUUCUGUCGAUAUAGUGUUAAGAUCGACUCUUUUAUAGUUUCGUCGUAUAUCUUUGGGAAGCAGAGAAACUAUUGGAAUAUUAAUUUUCUUAGCUUUUGGUGGAAAUUGCGGACAAUUUUGCAAGUAAAUGAUGGAGGGGCCUCUCAAGACACUGUUUGAGAAUCAAAAGGCAAAGAAAAAGGACAAACCUGCUAAGGCGCAACCAUCCUCAGAUAACAUGGAUAUCGAGAAUCUUCCAUCUCCCGGUGCGCCAUCUGGUGCCAAAUCUGACAAACGUUUGUCAGUUGAGAGGAUAUACCAGAAGAAAUCACAAUUAGAGCACAUCUUGCUCCGUCCUGACACCUAUAUUGGAUCUGUGGAAACUGUAACACAGCCAAUGUGGGUGUUUGAUAAUGAAGAAAACAGCAUGGUUUCAAGAGAGAUCACAUAUGUGCCAGGACUUUACAAAAUAUUUGAUGAAAUUUUAGUCAACGCAGCAGAUAACAAGCAGAGAGACCCUAAAAUGACCAUAAUUAAAGUAGAUAUUGAUCCUGAGAACAACCAAAUUAAGAUUUGGAACAAUGGCAAAGGUAUCCCAGUGGUUGAACACAAGACAGAGAAGAUGUUUGUACCCACUCUAAUCUUUGGACAUCUACUCACAUCCAGCAACUAUAACGAUGACCAGAAAAAAGUGACAGGUGGACGCAACGGAUAUGGUGCUAAACUUUGUAAUAUAUUCAGCACGAAGUUCACAGUGGAAACACAAGCUGGAGACUACAAGAAACACUUCAAACAGUCAUGGGCCAACAAUAUGGCAAAGGCAGGUGAGCCCAGGAUCAACUCUGCACCAAAGGGGGAGGACUUCACAUGCAUCACAUUCAAACCAGACCUUGAAAAGUUCAAGAUGGAGAAACUAGACCCAGACACAGUGGAUCUAUUCACCAGGAGAGCCUAUGAUAUUGCAGCCUCUACCAAAGGUGUUCGUGUCAUUCUUAAUGGAAAGAAGUUACCAGUGAAAAAUUUCAAAGAUUACAUAGACCUCUAUGUUAAAAACAAGACAGAUGAGAACAAUAGCCCUCUGAAGGUGGUCUACGAGAAUGUCAAUGAGAGAUGGGAGGUUGCUGUUUGUAUGAGUGAGAAAGGAUUCCAACAAGUCAGCUUUGUCAACAGUAUCGCCACAACCAAGGGUGGUAGACAUGUAGACCAUGUUGCUGAUCAAGUUGUCUCAAAACUUAUUGAAGUAGUCAAGAAAAAGAAUAAAGGAGGCAUACAAAUCAAACCUUUCCAGGUGAAGAACCACUUGUGGGUAUUUGUAAACGCUCUAAUUGAAAACCCAACCUUCGACUCUCAAACUAAAGAAAACAUGACCUUGCAACAGAAAGGCUUUGGAUCGAAAUGUUCUCUACAAGAUAAAUUUAUAGCCCAGGUGAACAAAUGUGGAAUCGUUGAGUCCAUUAUGAGCUGGAUGAAGUUUAAGGCUCAGGAGAAAAUGAACACCAAGUGCACAAGCAAGAAACAGAACAAACUGAAAGGCAUUCCUAAACUUGAUGAUGCUAAUGAUGCAGGUACAAAGAACUCAAUAGACUGCACUUUGAUCCUGACUGAGGGAGACUCAGCCAAAACCCUGGCAGUGGCUGGCCUGGGGGUGGUUGGCAGGGACAGGUAUGGUGUCUUCCCACUUCGAGGAAAAGUGCUCAAUGUGCGGGAGGCCACACAUAAGCAGAUUAUGGAAAAUGCUGAGAUUAACAACAUCAUUAAGAUUAUGGGUCUGCAGUACAAACAGAAAUAUGACACAUAUGAUUCACUGCGGACUUUGCGUUAUGGGAAGCUUAUGAUCAUGACAGAUCAGGAUCAAGAUGGGUCCCAUAUCAAGGGAUUACUUAUCAACUUUAUCCACCACAACUGGCCCCAACUGUUGAAGCAACCUUUCUUGGAGGAGUUCAUCACACCUAUUGUCAAGGUUUCCAAGGGCAGAUCAGAGGAACAAUCAUUUUACAGUUUACCAGAGUUUGAGGAAUGGAAGAAAGAUACUCCCAACUGGCACACCUAUAAAGUCAAGUACUACAAAGGUUUGGGUACCUCCACAUCUAAGGAGGCAAAGGAGUAUUUCAGUGAGAUGACACGCCACAGGAUCAAGUUCAAGUACACUGGCACUGAAGAUGAUUCUGCAGUUGAUUUGGCAUUCAGCAAGAAGAAGAUUGACCAGAGGAAGGAAUGGUUGACCAACUGGAUGGAAGAGAGGAAGAGAAGAGCCCAGUUAGGGAUGCCAGAUCUAUAUGUGUAUGGGAAAAAUAUGUCUCAUCUGACAUACAAUGACUUCAUCAACCGAGAGCUGAUCUUGUUCAGUAACAUGGACAAUGAGCGUUCUAUACCUUGCAUGGUCGAUGGGUUCAAGCCAGGGCAACGUAAGGUGAUGUUUGCAUGUUUUAAACGUAACCUCAUCAAGGAACUUAAGGUGGCUCAAUUGGCUGGGUCAGUAGCUGAACAAUCUGCCUAUCACCAUGGUGAGCAAUCUCUGAUGGGAACGAUCAUAGGAUUAGCACAGAAUUUUGUCGGCAGCAACAACGUAAAUCUCUUGCAACCCAUUGGUCAGUUUGGUACACGUCUUCACGGAGGCAAGGAUGCUGCGUCUCCCCGUUACAUCUUCACUGCCCUUAGUCCCCUUGCACGCCUGCUGUUCAUGGCAUCAGAUGAGCCUACAUUGAAGUCAUUGUACGAUGACAACCAGAAGAUAGAACCUGAAUGGUACUGUCCCAUAAUCCCCAUGGUCCUUGUGAAUGGAGCUGAGGGUAUCGGUACAGGUUGGAGCACAAAGAUUCCCAACUACGAUGUACGUGAGAUUGUAGCCAAUAUCAAGAGAAUGAUGGAGGGAGAUGAACCAUUGCCAAUGGUUCCUGCAUUCAAGGACUUCAAGGGAGUCAUUGAGGAGUUAGAUCCCAUACGUUAUGUGGUGCAUGGUGAGAUCAACAUUGUGGACGAUGUUACUGUUGAGAUCCUAGAGCUGCCUAUUAGAACAUGGACCCAGAACUACAAGGAGAGUGUACUAGAGCCAAUGUUGCAGGGCACUGAGAAAGUACCUGCAGUUAUUCAGGACUAUAAGGAGUACCACACAGACACUACAGUGAAGUUCAUUGUGAAGAUGGCUGCUGAUAAGCUGGCUCAAGCUGAACACCAGGGUCUGCACAAAUUCUUCAAGCUCACCACCACUAUAUCAACAAACAGUAUGGUGUUGUUUGACCAAAAUGGGUGCAUCCGUCGAUAUGACAAUGUCGUGGAUAUCUUAAAGGAGUUUUAUGAACUAAGACUGGACCGUUACCAAAUUAGGAAAGAUUACAUGGAGGGCAGUCUUGCAGCAGAGUCCUUGAAGCUGGAUAAUCAGGCUCGCUUCAUCAUGGAGAAGAUAGAGGGAACCAUCAAAAUAGAAAAUGUCCCAAAGAAGGAGAUAGUUCAGAUGUUGGUACGAAGAGGCUAUGAUCCUGACCCUGUUAAAGCCUGGAAGGAGGCACAGAAUAAACUGGAUGAGAUUGAAGACAACGAUCUCGAUGAAAAUGAAUCUCAGUCAGCCACGAAAGGUGGACCAGACUUUAACUACAUCCUCCAGAUGGCUCUGUGGUGCCUAACAAAGGAAAAGAAAGAUGAGUUAUUGAAACAGCGUGACAACAAAGCUCAAGAACUGAGAGUUCUUCGUGAUAAGACACCCAAGGAUCUCUGGAUGGAGGACCUGGAUAAUUUCAGCAAAGAACUGGUGGUGAUUGAAGAGCAGCAGAAAGCAGAAGAGGCUGCAUCACUGGCUGGACUUAAGGUUCCCAAAGGGACAAAGGGUGGCAGAGCUAAGCCCAAGAAGUUUGCCAUUGAGCAGACCAUGGCCUCACCAUAUGGCCGUAGAGUUGUGCCUAUCAUAGACUCUAAUCUCAGACAGAAAGGAGAAAAAGAGGCUAUCAGGAAACAGAAGAAAAAGGAUAAAACUGUCAAGACGGGUGAUGAUCUGUUUAACGGGUUGGACGACGACGAUGACAAAAGUGAUACAAAGUCUAUGGUGUCCCUUGCAGACAGAAUAGGUGGCAGCCCAAAAUUAUUGGAAGAGGCCAAAAAAGCCAAGAAGCAAACAUCAAUCAAAGACGCCUUUAAAAAGGCAGAGCCCAAAAAGCCCAAAUCACCAAAAAAGAGCCCUAAGGGUAAAAAGAAGGGGGGCAAGAAGCGUAACCCUUGGAGCAGCGAUGAGGAUAUCAGUGAUGGCCUGUCCGACUCAGAUGAUGAAGAAGAUAUGGUUGUUAUACCAAGAGAGAAAGCUGCAGGAGCAAGAAAAGCGGCUACAGCCAAAAAGACAUACAAUUAUGACUCUGAUUCGGCGUCUGAUGAUGAAGAUGAUCUUCUCCCUAACAAGGCUGCAGACAAAGACUCUGACAGUGAUGGCCCUAAGUACGAUCACAUCUCCAGUGACGAUGAAUCAUUCCAUGUUGCCCCAAAGAAACAGGCUCCAAAGAAGGCUGCUAUGGACUUCUCAGACAGCGAGGAUAGCUCUCCCAAAAAUGCUGCCCCUGUUAGUGAUAGCGAUGACUCCUAUAAGGAGCCACCUAAGAAGGAACCAGCCAAGAAGAAGACACUUGGAAAGAAAGUGACAGCUGUUGGAGACAAAAAAAGUAAAGCAGCAGACCCAAAACAGCCGAGUAUAUUCGCAGCUAUGAGUAAGUCUAAGCCUAAGCCUGUGGAAUCCAGUCAGUCCACUAACGGAACAAAAUCAGACUCUGAACCUGAGGGACCUGAUGACCUUUGGGCCAGAAUUUCAAAACCUAAAGAUGAUAAGCCUUUGGCUGCUAAACCUGCACCAAAAGCUAAAAAACCAAAGUUGGACUCAGACAUUGAUAUUUCCGACUUCUCAGAUGAUGAUAAACCGGCACCUAAGAAAGCUGCCCCCAAGAAACCUGCUGCCACUAAGAAACCCAAAUCAAAUGAUGAGCCAAAGCCUAAGAAAAAAGCUGCUCCCAAGAAAAGACCAAAGAAGAUGGAUUCCGAUGAUUCUGAUGACUUUGCUCCUAAAAAGAAAUCCAGUGCAGCGGCUGCAAAGAAAAAGCGCAAGGCAGACAGUGAAAGUGAAAGUGACUUUGAUGGAAGCGAUGAUAUGGACAUUGUGCCAGUUGUCCCUAGAGGAGGUGGCCGAGCCAGAGCUGCUGUCAAAUACAACUUUGAUGACUCUGACGGGGACAGUGACUUCUAGAUGAACUGAAUCAAAUUUCUCAACUCAAAAUAUCAUCGUCUUUUAUCUUGAGCUGUUGAAUAAUUACUUGAUUUACAGUUAUUUUUUGUGAUACAAUAUAUAGUGGCUGGAUAAUACCUGUUGGAGGAGAAUAAGGUUGUGUACCUUAACACUUGACCAAAAUAUGUGUACUCCAGAUGGUGCAAUGUUGUUGAAUGUUCCUGUUCAAUGGACUUGGAUGAUUGUACAGCAUCAUAGAUCUCUUUAGUUAUAACAUUUUAAACCACAGCAAAAGUGCUGACUGAUCAAAAUGGCUGGAUGCCCUCAUAGUAAUGAUAGAUAUUAGGAUAUACAUUGUUUUAUUUUACUUAAAAGAAGCAUUUCGCCACCAUUGUUCCAUUAAUAAGAGGAAUGUUACAACAAAUGUAUAUAGUCAAAUUUUGUUGAUCCACGUAUGCUGAUAUAUCUACAAUGUUAUAGAUAAUUCUGGCAGGCCUGUAGUCUUACAUCAAGUAUCUAAACUUACCCCGUCUACUUUCCCUCCUCUUGUGGAAAUGAGGGUGGUCUGGUGGACAGGAGUCAUCACCAAGUAAACAAUUGGAAACAUACCUUUAAAUAACACACACCCACACACAAACACAUUAGUGUUGCUAUGGUGCUGAACCUAAAAAGUAAAGUAAAGCUUCAGUCAAAUAAGUGCAAGUGGGAAGCAAAUGAAAAAAAUACAAAUCAAAACAAACAUGAUACAUUUGACACACACUCAUACAUAACACAUUCAUACAUCGUCAUAAUAUGGUCCGACUGCCAGAGGCUUUUAAUUAAAAACAUUUUGACUGAUUUUAGAAAUGUAGACUAUACAUUGAAUAAACAUAUACUAGUUUGGACAUUUCUGCUGUAGUACUGCUCCAGUGGUGUUCUUAAACUGCAUAUACUUACAAGUCAUACAUAUAUAUUUCAUAUAAUACACAGAAGAUGAAAUUGAUUCAUGGAAACAAUUCCACCACAGCUUCAGUAUUGCUUUAAGAUAUAUUGAAUACUAGUAUUGUUAAGUAAUUGUUUUUUUAUUGUACUGUGUAUAAUUGUAAAUUAUAUUUAUUUGAGGCAUUGUUUUAUUGUAUAGAAUAUGCUUGAUCAAUUACAUCAUAUUUUUAUAAAAUAAAAUUUUAACAUUAAAAUUCAAACAUUUUGGCCAUCAAAAUUGCCAUGUUUUGACUACUACUACUAACUACUUAAAAUUCAGUCUCAAUUUUUAGACUAAAUAUUCAUCUAUAAUACAUGCGUGUAUGUAUUUAACCUGAUGAAAAAGUGUUUUAAAUCCAUUUCACAUUCAGACAAUAAAGAUAUGUUUUGUAUAAAAUUGUAUAGAGAAAUUAGAAUAGAAGAAAUAUAAAAUUGUAAAUACGA